AUGGUAGAGCAGGUGGCACCAGAGGAAUUCAAAGCCAGUAUCAAUCGUGUGAACAGCUGCCUGAGAAAGACGCUCCCGGUGAAUGUGCGGUGGCUUCUGUGUGGUUGUCUUUGUUGCUGUUGCACACUGGGCUUCAGUUUGUGGCCCGUCAUCUGCCUCAGCAAAAGGACAAGAAGAUCUAUAGAGAAACUUUUGGAGUGGGAAAACAGCAGACUUUACCACAAGUUGUGUUUGCAUUGGAGACUAAGCAAAAGGAAGUGUGAAACCAACAACAUGAUGGAAUAUAUGUUGUUUAUCCAGCCGGCUUUCAGAGAGAGAGGAACAGAUGGAAAUCUGAAAGAAGGCCUUUUUGAGUAGAUUGCAUAAUUGUCUUUCACUGCUCCGCACACCUUUGUGAAAGCAUGAGACUAUGAGGUUAUGUAUGUCAAGAAUUUGAGCUAUGCCACUUAGUUUUUGUUCACUGAGGUCUGGUGAUUGCAUGGAUCACACUCAGGGGAUUGCACUAGAUUUUAAAAAACCCAUAAUGUAGCAAAAUCUCACUGUUACACCAGGGUGUCGCAUAUAGUACACACGUCACACGUUACUUUGAGUAAUUGCUAAACGAUGCAUUUGAAGAUUUGGAAAUAUCCCUGAGAAAAAAAA